CCCCCCUCCUCCUCUCGACAACACAACCAUCGCCAUGGCCUCCAGUUCUGGGGUAGGGUCGUAUUCGAACCCUUUGAAGAAGUUCAAGCUGGUUUUCUUGGGAGAACAGAGCGUUGGCAAAACCUCCCUGAUCACCCGGUUCAUGUACGACUCGUUCGACAACACAUAUCAGGCCACCAUCGGCAUUGACUUCUUGUCCAAGACUAUGUACUUGGAAGACCGAACCGUCCGCCUUCAGCUUUGGGAUACCGCUGGUCAAGAACGAUUCCGCUCUCUGAUUCCUUCCUACAUUCGAGACUCGAGCGUCGCCGUGGUCGUUUAUGAUAUUUCCAACGCCAAAUCCUUCCAAAACACCCGGAAAUGGAUCGACGAUGUCCGUGGAGAGCGUGGAAAUGACGUGAUCAUCGUGCUGGUGGGCAACAAGACCGAUUUGAACGACAAGCGCGAAGUCACUACGGCACAGGGUGAGGAGGAGGCAAAGAAGAACGGCCUGAUGUUCAUCGAAACCAGUGCCAAGGUCGGACACAAUGUGAAACAGCUGUUCCGGAGGAUUGCCCAGGCUCUGCCUGGAAUGGAUGGCGAGGCUAAGCAGGGAGAGAGCACAAUGAUCGAUGUGAACAUCCACCCCAAGGAGACCACCAACAACGAGGGCUGCGCAUGCUAA